AUGUCUAAAUCAACAGUAAAAUUUAUUGAUGACUGUAUUUUAGAUGGGAAAUGUGCAUUUCACUCAGGUAAAUGCCAAGAUUUUUGAAAAUGUGAAAAUUUAUUAAAAGAUGAAAAAUUUUCAUCAUCUUCUUUCUGGUACAUAUCAAAUGAAAUGGAGAAGGUUGUGUUCUUAAAAAUGA